AUGCACUGCAUCUCAAGGGAUCGGCUCUUUGCAGCAGUAAAGCAACUAGAUCCGGAUGGAGUAUACCGUCGGGCAAAUGAUCUCCAGCGUCAUCGUGGGGAGUAUAUUGUACCUGGUCCAAAUUGGUUAUGGUCAAUCGAUGGUCACUGCAAACUAAAUUUCUAUGGCAUUGAAAUAUAUGCAGCUAUUGAUGCAUAUUCUCGAUACAUCACAUGGAUUUAUAUUGGCAUUUCUGGCCGUACAGCUAUCAGUAUUCUGGUCCAAUUCUUGACAACUCUCCAGAAGGAAGGUGUUCACCCACAGCGGAUACGAUCAGAUCGAGGUACAGAAACACCAUUGCUUGCAGCUGCUCAACAUGCUUUUAUGAAAAGACAUGUUGCAGAUAUCUCUUUUAGAGACUGUUACUGGUAUGGAACUAGUACUGCGAAUCAAAGAAUUGAGUCUUGGUGGGGGCAGUUAACAGGAGGGUUACUUUUCCGCUGGAGGGACUAUUUCCAGAGAUUGCAUAGUGAACAUUUGUUUGAACCUGACAAUCUGGCUGACAAGAUUGCUCUUCUUGCAAUAUAUAUUCCUAUUCUCCGACAAGAGGUCCAGGCCUUUGCCCGAAUGUGGAAUAUGCACACUAUCCGAAAGCAGCCUAAUCGACCAAAUGCAGUCCAUGGAAAGCCCAUUAUGCUUUAUUUCUAUCCACAAGAUCCUUGUAUUCAGAACUAUGGAUUGAAGCCUGAUCCUCAGUUACUACAAGAACUGACAGAUCAAACUGCAAGCUAUGGUAUGAUGGUACACAAACUACCUUAUUGCUAA